GAACCACUUCCGCUUCGCAUACGUCAUUGUCAAAAGAAAAUUAGGUUGGAGAAAUUGACGUGGCAUUGACAAAAAUUCUUGUAUUAGGUUGUCACUGAGUCGUUGUGGAAAAUAUUUUUGUUGUGAAGGUUAAUAUCAAGACCUAUACUAUCCAAAAAUAUUCAAUAACUUUGCUACCGAUCAUCCUUUUAAACCCUAGUCAUCGAAAAUGGGGCUCACCAUUUCCAGUUUGUUCAAUCGUCUGUUUGGAAAGAAAGCAAUGAGGAUUCUCAUGGUUGGACUUGAUGCUGCUGGUAAAACAACCAUCCUGUACAAGCUGAAACUAGGAGAAAUUGUCACAACUAUUCCCACAAUUGGUUUUAAUGUGGAGACGGUAGAGUACAAGAACAUCAGUUUUACUGUGUGGGAUGUCGGCGGUCAGGACAAAAUCCGUCCACUCUGGAGACACUACUUCCAGAAUACGCAUGGUCUCAUCUUUGUUGUGGAUAGCAAUGACAGAGAAAGAGUGGAUGAGGCUAAGGCAGAGUUAUGUAAAAUGUUGGAGGAGGAUGAGUUAAGAGAUGCUGUAUUAUUAGUAUUCGCUAACAAGCAGGAUCUCCCCAAUGCCAUGGCAGCAUCAGAAAUCACAGAGAAACUCGGACUCAGUCAACUAAGGGGACGAAAAUGGUAUAUUCAAAGCACAUGUGCCACACAAGGAACAGGAUUAUACGAAGGACUUGAUUGGCUCUCAAAUGAGCUUUCCAGCCAAUGAAAAAGUUGUUUGCACAAGAGGCUAGGAAUUUCUUUGUGGAUUUGCAUUUAUUUGUUCAAACAUUCAGCCAUAAGCCAUAAAGAUCAGAACAAAAUAUCGACUGGACCUAUAGUGAUAAACAAGUGUUCACAAGAAAUUGUUCAAUACAGAACAGCUUUCCUUGUAGGAGAGACUGCACAUGCUUGUGUCAGUGUUAUCAAAAAUGUCAAUGUAUUAAUUAAUCAUUAAAUUAUGUGUGCAUUGUUCAUAUGAAUAAGUGGUGUAUUUAAUAUAUAUACAAGUUGUGAUUUUAUGUAUUGAGGAUUUUCUUCAUUCCAGAUUUUACUAUUCAGUGUUUGAGACCAAUACGUUCAAAUGAUUCCCUUAAAUACUUAAUAUAGAUUAUGACAUUAAAAAGGAUACAUACAGUUUGUAUUUUUUAAGAAGUUUGGUGUAUUUUUUUCUUUUUUUCUGUACAAUACUUCUUUAGUCUGUACACUUCAUUUAUCAGGAAUGGUACACUUUUUGAGGAUAUCCUAAGCUAUUUACAAUUCCAUGAGAUAUUUGCUUUUACAGUAUGGUGUAAAUUAAUCAUUUUCCAAAAAAAAAAAAAAAAAAAAAGAAAAAGAAAUUGGUGGCACCAUAGUUUAAUCUUACAUUUAUUUACUGGAAAAAUACUACAUCAGCAGUUCUACAUGCAGUUCAAAUGGGCAAAAUUUAUGAAAAUCAGUAUUGGAUGUACAUCUUGGUUUUCCUAAUAUUUCUCUUUGUAUUGUUUUUAGUGUUUUUAUUAAAAUGCAUUAAGGAAUGGGCAUGCUCUUAGAAUUUAAAUACUGUGGUGUAAAAAAGUUCAUAACAAGGUAGGUACUUGAAAUACUGUGUGUAACAUUAUUACACCAUUCAUAUCCCGUUAUACAUUGAUUUGCAGGACCGAAGAUAAAAUGAUUUACAGAACGUUAAAAAAAAAUACAUGUAUGUUUCAUUUUCAGUACCAUAUUUACGUACUUUAAAAUACAGUUUGGUUUAAUUCUCUCUUUUUAUGGUGUAUGGGAAAUUAUUUAAUAUAUUUACAGUAUUUGCAGUUUUUUGGUAUUUCUUUACAAGGUUUUGUUCUUGCACAAAUUAAUUUUUUUUUUAGCAAUCUGUAGGAAAAAGGAUUAUAUUGUGUCAAAAAUUUGUUAAUUUUGCAUUGAAUGACAUUUUCUCCUCCUUUAUUAUUUACAUGUACCCAUGUAAAUCUAAGCUAAAUAUCAGAAUCUGUUAUAUUGCAAAAGUUUGUAUUUUCAUAUUCAAACUUUAUUUUUUCACUUUGGUCAUAAAUAGAAACAAAAUCUGCUUGUUAAGCAGGCAAUGGUGUGGGAGAGUGUGAUAUUAUGGAGGAUAUAUGUUCUCUGUAAUAAUUAUAUGAAUAAAUUGUGAUAAAAAAUGAA